AUGUCUGUCGUAAGCGUCGAUGUUGAGUUGCAUUUCAACACGCAGAAAAGUAGUCAGGUCGAUGGGCUACGUCGCUUUGCUUAUCAGAAGUCCGGCUUAUUCUAUAAUGCGAAGUCCAAAGAGGAUAUCCUGAAAUCUGGUUCCCUCACACUAGGGAUUCACCAGCGGCAUGGCAAUGGAUUGUUCGCCGGUCGAGGCAUCCUGAUCGGCUACUGGGCAUACGCAAAGCGGUAUGGCAAGGAAAUCAUCGAAGUACGAAAGGGUGAUAUAUUACUGAUUCGAUCCGGGUUCACAGACAAAUACAUCGAACUAUCAGAGGAUCAGGAGCGAGAAUCAGCACACAUGACGCCCCCCAAGGCAUGUGGGAUGGCUCAAGACGAGAGAAUGUUGCAUUUCCUUUGGGAGAAAGAGGUGGCCAAGGUGGGAGGUGAUGCACCAGCGUGGGAAUGCCUGCCUCCUGACCCAUCUUCUAGCUUCCUCGAUCACGAAGUCUUAUUAGUUGGCUGGGGAUGUCCUAUUGGAGAAUUACUUUGGUUAGAGCAACUUGCGCGAGCCUGUGGUGACCAUAAGAAAUGA